CACAACUACAACUACAACUAGAAAUUCAAAUUGCCAAGACGUGUGUAAUUCACAUCGAGUAUCAGGCGCCUCUGCGCGCAAAGCCGCCAGCGUGUCCGCCAGCACACGCAUGCUCUACGCUAGACCAAUCAAAUCCUCGAACCCAACGUUAGCCCACUUCAGAUAUCAUUAGCUAGCGUUGAAGCCGCCUCUAAACAGAUGGCGGGCUAUGAUGGCGACCAUGGUGAAGAUUACGAUACUGAUGAGGUCUCCCUCACCCCGACCGUGAAGAGUACACUGGCGGUGUCUUACCCCGUCGAUGAAAUCCUGUCCGAAGGUUGGACCAAGGAAGAGGAUGGGAGCGAGAAAAUAGAGUACUUGGUCCGCUGGGAAGGUACAUGGGAGCCCACAGAACAUCUCGCAGGGACUGACUCUAUUUCACUGUGGGAGCAGAAAAAGCGAGAGAUGGGUGACAGUGAAGCCGAACGGCAUAUGAACAAAAACGAAAAGGAGUACUACAAGGCGAAAGACCGUGCUGACGCAGCCAAGGCACGCAGGGAAGCGAAACGUGACAAGAAAAAAAGGCACAUAGAGAAUUUGAACAAGCAAGGAAAGCCUCUUGCUGUCGUAAAUGAUGCUGGGACUACCGAAGAUGUCUCACCUAGAUUACGAGAGUGGGUCCGCGAACAGCAAUCAGCGUCUCCCAGAACCGCCCUCGCCACCAGAGAAGCCGUUGACAACAGUCAGCUCAAUAGCCUGUUCGUGGAUAGCCUGAACCUACACUCUGCGGGCGCAACGCCUCCUCCAGGACAACCCGAGGGAAACCUGCCCGUUAGGCAGCCACCAGGCGGUCGAAAGGCUCCUUUGGAACAAUCAGAAUCUUCUUCAUCAGAAGAGAAAAUAUAUGAAGACGGGGAGAUUUCAGAUGAUUCUCUCAUGAGGGAGCUAAGAAGAAAGAAAGCAAAAGAGGAAAAACGCAAGACGACUGGCGGAGCCUUGCGACGCAGUGAGCGUCGGACACCGCAAAAUAUAGCUCGGUCACCCAAGAGUCCGGUUCAGACCACUACAUCCGCUCCGAGUUCAAAAAUAACAACGAGGCAGAUUGCGCUCAAAGUAAAACGUAAUGACGAACAACGGAGGAGUUCACAAGGCUCUACCCUUUCGGCUAAUCGAGACCAAGGAGGUUCAUCAACAGUGCAGAAAGGUACUGAUCUUGGGCAAAAGGACUUGCGACAAUCUCCUUUGGCUACGCGUGCCUCGUCUUCGACUACUCAAGCCAUUGCUAAGAGGACAGUGUCGGGAAGCAAACCGUCAGGUGGAAUAAGAAUUGUAAAUGAGCCCAAGACUCACCAACGCGCUCCAUGGCAAAAUGGCAAAAACCUGUACAAUAAGAUUAAGUUUCGAGGCAUUGCUGAGAGAAGGGCCCGCACAGAGGGUACUCCCGACCCUGGAGCCCUUGACAUCGUCAAUCCUCCAAUAGGUUUCGUCAACCCGAAACCCCAGCCGCUAAACGACAGCCCCUAUAGCCGUCGCGAGACCGGCACUCGCCGCAUCCAGGAUGAUGAAUCGGACGACACUGUAAGGCGAGGGUCACUCGACGCUAUCAGGCCUUUAGAGAGUUGGGAAGCUGAAAAAGUUCCCUUGGUCUGCCCUCAUUGGAGACUCAGCAACAAUUGUCUACAUGGUCCUCGGAAAUGCCAUUUCCUGCAUCGAAACCAGGAUGCACUUGGCCGCGACUAUCCUGUGGGCGACGUAAGCGGCGUGAUACCUCCUAAGCACCGCAAACCACCACUCACGUGCAUUUUCUGGCUUAGAAAUAAGGUAGGUUGUAAGAAACAAGAUUGGGAGUGCAUAUUUGCCCAUAAGAACACAGGAUGGAUUCAGGGUCGUGACGAACCUCUUCAGAUUGACCCUAACGAGAUUCAUGAAAAAGAGAAAGACGCGCGGCGCCCUUUUGAAUCUGAGACCGUCACGAAUGAUAAGAGACGAAAGAAGCCAUCUGAACUCACCUGUUAUUUUUGGGCCAAAGGCCAGUGUCGUAACUCUUCAGAUGAAUGUGCUUAUCAGCAUUGCCACACUGGUGUCCUUUCCGUUGCGCCAGGUUCUGGGCCCCGUCGAUUGUGGGCCAAUGGCGACAAUUGUCCUUCAACUGCAGAUGAGAGCGCAUUCAAUCAUCACUAUCCUGGAAUCAAUUCGGAUCAGCUCGACAAUGAACCUAAAUCUGCUACCUCCCCACCGCAUUCAAGGUUCUCAAACCCUCAGUUGGGAACCAAACCCCGUCUAGAGCCUGUUUUAGUAGCUGACGCCGAGAUGGAAGAUGUCGGACAGCCGAACGUUGAACACAAUGAGAUAUGCCAAUCCCCACAAACCCUCAACGAGCAGUCGCCACCACCACUGGUUGAACAGCCACCGGCGCGAAUGAUAUGCUUACAGAUGAAAGAGAAGAUUGAACAAGCUUGCAAACUUGAUUUCGCCGACAUGUUCGCGAGUAAUGAUGGCGACGGAGUCUUGGUAGACCGGAGAGCCUUCCUUGUAUACCAUCCCAAGGAGCAUUCAGAAGAACUUGAUCUUAUUACGCGAUGGCUGCUAAUGCAUCACGUCGAGGUUGGCAAUGCCUGGUAUGAUGGGUCCUGGGACAACUUCAAGCAGCAGAUCUUGGAAGGAGGAUCGGGCGUUAUCAUCGCACACCCUGAUUUCGAGUACUUUACAGAAUUACCAGAGUUUGGUCAAGUUCUUCGAAAGCAAGUGCGCCUUUGGUCUAUUGGCUUGCAAGAAGGCAUCGAGUAUGACGCUGCUUUGUCAGAUUUACCACCCGCAAUCCGAUAUGACUGUAUCGAGAUCUUUCCGCUGGGUGGUUUUAUCUACAUCACGGACGAUGUUUUUGAGAAGAAGCCCCAAGUGGCUUUGAAGAUUGUAAAGUCUUUCUUCGCGAAAAUCGACAAGCUUCGGCAAGUGGCAGGUCCUGUAUCUCCGUGGCAUGAGUUGGAUGAUGUCGGCCUACUUUGGCGUCUCUGCGUGCGUCCGGAGUUGAUGGAGUAUCUGCUACAAUAUUGUGAGGACCACGUGAAGGAGCUAGAAGAGGGUGAUGCAUGUAUGCAGAGUCGCGCCGAGCUUUACAAGAUCCUUUCUGAAACAAACUACAUCGAGCAGGACGACCCCAGCGCUCCCCUCAGCCUUAUACCAGAUGGGUAUCCCAUACUCUCCGAGCGCCGCGUCAUUGCAGAAGAACAACCCGUCGACUACUUCAACACCCUCGCGCGCAGCCAAGAAGACGCAAACUUACACAUGAUCCGCUACUAUGCUGGCUUGCAAGUGGAUAUGCGCCGCGAUUACCGCCACUUCUUUGUCGUGCAUACUGAGCCUGCGGCAAGGUGUGCACAGCAGUGGAAGCAGGAGAUACAGACUGUGGCCGAGGUCAUCACGCCGGAAAUGUGCGUCGAGGUGCUCGACAAAGAAGAUGGAGCAGGAUUGGUUGAUUUCUAUGAGAAAUAUAUGGCGGAGUAUCAGGUCAAGGAUUGGAAGGCGCUCGAGGUAGCCGCCGUCGAGGGUGUGCAAAACAUUGCGGGCUAGGAGUCGGUACGGUUCUUGCAGACAACAGUCCGCUCCUGAGGCGUCUACGGGAGGAUGAGUACACUCUAUGCCGUUUUCUGCGGUAUGACUUAUGAUGGCGAUCUGGAGUAUAGGUGACUGCUAGUAUACCCACGUGCAAUUUAACGAG